ACUGGGUGGCUUAGCGAGGCGCAAGCCCUAGAGAGCGGUGCCGCCCUACGACCUUCGCCCCCAGCCGGUGGCCAGCUCCGCCUCUUCUCGAAUCUUUCCCACAGCCCAAAAUGGCGGCGGAGGUGGAUUUUGGCGACCUAGAGCUGUUCGAGGCGUUUGACCACCCAGAGGAGUCGAUUCCGAAGCCAGUUCACACCCGCUUCAAGGACGACGACAGCGAGGAGGAGGACGAGAAUGGGGUGGGCGAGGCGGAGCUGCGGGAGCGGCUUCGGCAGUGCGAGGAAACCAUCGAGAAGCUCCGCGCCGAGAAUCAAGAACUUAAAAGAAAAUUGAACAUUCUGACUCGACCAAGUGGAAUACUGAUGAACGAUACUAAGUUAGAUGGACCUUUAUUACAGAUUCUAUUUAUGAACAAUGUUAUUUCAAAGCAAUAUCAUCAAGAAAUAGAGGAAUUUGUAUCAAAUUUAGUAAAAAGAUUUGAGGAACAGCAGAAAAAUGAUGUGGAAAAGACUUCCUUUAAUCUUUUGCCCCAGCCAUCCAGUGUUAUGCUAGAAGAGGACCAUAAAGUAGAAGAAUCCUGUGCAGUUAAAGACAACAAGGAAGCUUUUAGUGUUGUAGGAAGUGUCCUGUAUUUUACUAAUUUUUGCCUUGAUAAAUUGGGGCAACCGCUACUAAAUGAAAACCCUCAGCUUACCGAAGGAUGGGAAAUCCCCAAGUACCAGCAAGUCUUCAGCCACAUUGUUUCUCUAGAAGGGCAAGAAAUACAAGUAAAGGCAAAAAGGCCAAAGCCUCACUGUUUCAAUUGUGGUUCUGAAGAACAUCAAAUGAAAGAUUGCCCAAUGCCUCGAAAUGCUGCCCGAAUAAGUGAAAAGAGAAAAGAAUAUAUGGAUGCCUGUGGUGAGACAAACAAUCAGAAUUUUCAGCAGCGAUACCAUGCAGAAGAAGUAGAAGAAAGAUUUGGAAGAUUCAAGCCAGGAGUUAUUAGUGAGGAACUUCAGGAUGCACUGGGUGUGACGGACAAGAGCCUUCCGCCUUUCAUCUAUCGGAUGCGCCAGCUCGGGUACCCACCAGGCUGGCUCAAAGAGGCCGAAUUGGAGAAUUCAGGGCUUGCACUCUAUGAUGGAAAAGAUGGUGCUGACGGGGAGACAGAAGCUGGAGAAGUACAACAGAAUAAAAGUGUCACCUACGAUCUCUCGAAAUUGGUAACCUAUCCAGGUUUUAAUAUAUCUACUCCCAGAGGAAUUCCAGAUGAGUGGCGGAUGUUUGGUUCCAUACCGAUGCAGGCAUGUCAACAGAAGGACGUGUUUGCCAAUUACCUUACUUCUAACUUCCAAGUGUCGAGUGUGAGGCCUGGCAGCAAGAGGUCGUCUCAGUCCAGCACUAGCAGUCCCAAGAAGCAGAAGAAGGAGAGCAGCUCCGCCGCCUCGCCCGCCGACAUGGAGCUCGACUCAGAUGCAGAGGUCCCACGUGGUUCUCCGAGCAGCGAAGCUUUUCAGUUUCAGCCACCACUGCCCCCUGGCACUCCUCCCCCUCUGCCACGGGGAACUCCUCCACCCAUCUUCACCCCUCCGCUCCCCAAAGGCACCCCGCCGCUGACUCCCAGUGACUCACCACAAACCAGAACAGCAUCUGCAGCUGUGGAUGCGGACGCACUGACUCUGGAAGAACUCGAAGAGCAGCAGAGGCGGAUCUGGGCGGCCCUAGAGCAGGCUGAGAGCGUAAACAGCGAUUCUGAUAUUCCCGCUGACACGCCCUUGACUGGGAAUUCGGUUGCCUCUUCACCUUGUCCAAACGAACUAGACCUCCCUUUCCCAGUGGGAAAAACACCUGAAAAACAGACUCCAGAGGAGCCUGAGAUCCCAGGUACUUGUGCAAAGGAAUUGGAAGUUGACCGUCCCUCGAGUCCAGAUUCUGAGGCUGCAUCGCUUUGUCAGAAGGAAAAGAAAGAAUCUACUCAGGUAGACUCUCAAGGUGCUCUUCUUGAUAAUGGCAGCGUUGUGUCAAACUGUGACAUUAGGAAUGGAGGCAGCCAUGUGGACACCAGUCCUUCAACAGCCACUAAAGUUCAUAGUCCCAUACCUGACAUGAGCAAGUUUGCAACUGGAAUAACACCAUUUGAAUUUGAGAAUAUGGCAGAAUCUACUGGAAUGUACCUCAGGAUAAGAAACUUGUUAAAGAACUCGCCCCGAAACCAGCAAAAAAACAAAAAGGCUUCUGAUUAACUGCUUGACAUAGCACGAAGAGCUAUUUAAUUCUCUGUAACUUUGUGUUCUGUUAAUUAGUACUAACCAAAUGGACAGAUAAAAUUGUUUUCCUGUUUGUCCCUCCCAUGUUUAAAAAUCUAUCCAGGACUUAAUUGUGGCCUAAAGUCAGGCCUAUUUUAAAGAAUGGAAAGCCUGGGUUUGCUGGUUUACUCUAUUUUAUUCUCUGAUCAAAACUUGGGGGGUGGGGGAUGGUCUAAGUAUGAGCUGGUUUAGAGAUAGUUUGUCAAGGUUUAUACUAUUUUUGGAUUGUGAGUGUCUGUCAAGAGUGAUGCUUUUUAUCUGUCUUUUGUACGUUGUUUUCCCUUUCUACGUUUUGCUAAUUAUUCUGUAUAUAAGUUUAAUAUAUCACUUUUUAAAAGAAACAAAUCUAACCAUUUUAAAUUCAUAUGUCAACUUUGACAACCAAAUGAGAACAAUCAGGGUGGAGCAGCUUUAUCCCAUUUGGGGUAUUUUUGUAAGUGAUUUACAUGCAUCAGUUUUAAUAACACUUUUACUUUUUUGUAACUUGGUUCUUCAUAUAAGCUUGCUAUACAGGUAGCUCAGCUUUGUGUACAGAGGUUUAAUAAAUUAGUUUUCAUAUGCAUAAUCUAAGACUUUGAAUGCAAAAAAGUGAUUCACAGUCAAAUUAGUAUAGACAACCUUUUAAGUUUCGAAGUUAACUCUGUGGUUGCAAAAAUUGGUGGUAGCAAAGGAACUAUAAGAAAUUGCAAGUUUGGAUGUUUUCAGUGGAUUUCAGCCUUAAAUAUAAAAAACAGAAUCUUUUAAAGUAAAUUAUUUUGAAAAAAAUGGAGGGCAGCUAGCAUUUGUACAAAAAUAAUUUUCUAGAUUUGAACCCUAAGAUAAUUAAUAGUUUAAAAAAGUAGACAUAAAAAAAUUGCUUUUAACUGUCAGAUGUAUAAGAUAGAGCUGAAACUAUGGGUUUUGUCUUUUUCUGGAAUGCCGUUACAUCCUUCUAGUCAUGUCCAUGAUGAUGAACGUUCGGGUGAUCUUGAACUGUCAGUCUCGGGCAGUGCUAUCCUGCUCUCAGGCCAGCAGAGGGAGCAGAAUCCAGCCAGUCUAGAAUUCACUUUCAUUUUGAGAGCCUGAGUAACCAAAUUUACUGUCCUAUAACAGUAAGGAGGAGGAAAGUUAUAUGAAAAGGGGAAAUUUAUUUUCAAGGCCUUCACAGAACAUGCUGGAAAUUGAAUAAAAUGUUGACUACUUUUGG